AUGGCCUUGCUUCGUGCAUCUCUGCUGCCGCUGGCACUGUUGCAGACUGUUCUCGCUGCUCCAGCCGACCCUGCUCAUCCUAUGAUCACGCCACCACCAAGCCGUGUGAAGCGUACCCCCGAUGUCACCGAUGAUAUCGGCAGCUAUGUCAACAGCGUCAUUGGAGGCCUGGGCAGCGAUGUGUCGUCCUUCGUCUUGUCCGGUAUCCCUCAGUACUUUCAGGGCCUCCCGACAGGCACCCAGGUACUCAGCUCUCUGGGAAUCAACGAUGGUGACCUGGCUGCACAGCCUACUCAGGCCUUGAAUAUCCCGGCUUAUGGCAAUUGGACUGACGAGGGCUGGAACGUCCGCGUGCAUGGCAACAUUUACAAACAGCCCAACAUUAGUCAGUCGAAGGUUGACGACUUGGCUAAUAUUUUCCUCAUCGACGUCGACGUUGCCGAUUUGCCCGCCGACCAACAAGCCCAGGCACGCAACGUGACCAAAUCCAUCUUUGUCGUUCAGCAAGACGAUCAAAACGUCACCGUAAACUUCGUAAACGAUGUCUCUGUGCGGCCUGGGGCGAGUGGAGGAGCCGUCAAUGCGCGUGGUGGUGCCCAAACAAUCAACAUGCCCUACCUGACUACCAGCGAGGGCGAUUUUGACGCGUUCGUCAAGCUGCGCAACACCACAGGGUCGAAUGGUGGGCACUUGCUUCCAGGCAACGCCACCGAAUCGAUCCAAACCCUCAACAUGUACACGAACGGUACUAACAGUGGCAACGCGACUGCGUACCUCGUGCCUCCUCAGGGCCUGACGAUCGUGUCCGACAUCGACGACAUCCUGCGCGUCACCAAAAUCUAUGAACCUAAGGAAGGCCUUCUCAACUCCUUUGCUCGUCCGUUCACGCCUUGGAUGAACAUGCCCGAUAUUUACGCCAAUUGGUCCGCGUCCAUUCCAGACUUCCAUUUCCACUACUUGACGACAACUCCUGAGCAGGUGACUCGGAAUUACAUGGAGUUUAUCUACAAAACUUACCCUCUGGGUAGCUUUGAUACACGUCCGCUCAACUUUUCUGAUGUCCAAGCAACCUUGUCUAUCCGAAGAUUCCUGCUCGACAAGAUUUUCCAGACCUUCCCCGAGCGGAAAUUCAUCUUGGUGGCCGAUACUACGAAUUCCGAUGUGAUGAAGGCGUAUCCCGCAAUGUACAAGGACUACCCUGGCCAAGUCCAAUGUAUUCUGCUGCGAAACACCAGCGCUACCGAUUCCGGCAAUAAAUUCCCCUACAAUACAGAGGGAUUUAAGGACAUCCCUCAGAACAACUACAUGUUCUUCACGGUGCCGGAUGACCUGACCAAUCUGGAUAUCGCCAGCGGUCAGUGCUACAAUGCUACAAUUCCGCAGAACGUCACUUUCAAGACCCAAGGUCUGCCAUUUGGAUGGGGCAAUGCAGCUGGAUCUCUUUCGCCGCCCACUACGUGGGCAACGGCUGUUGGUCUGUUGGUCAUGGGAGCGGCUGCUCUGCUGUAG